CGCCCCGCCCAGUCCCCGCCGACGCCCGCUCUGUGGGUCGGUCCGUCCGUCAGUCACGGAGCGCGCGCCGCCGGAGCUGCGGGCGCUCUCAGCGUUCGGGAGGAGAGCGUCGCGCCUGGAGAGGCGGCGGCGACCGGAGGGCGCGAGCAGCUGCUGCCUCGCGCGGGGCCCCGGGAGGGCCGAGGGGCUGCCACGAUGGAGCAAUUAUCAGAUGAAGAAAUUGACCAUGGUGCAGAAGAAGACAGUGACAAGGAAGAUCAGGACCUGGAUAAAAUGUUUGGAGCCUGGCUUGGGGAACUGGACAAACUUACUCAGAGUUUGGAUUCUGACAAGCCCAAAGAACCAGUGAAAAGAUCACCUCUUCGCCAGGAAAUAAAUAUGGCCAACUUUUCUUACCGUUUCUCCAUAUACAACUUGAAUGAAGCCCUGAAUCAGGGAGAGACUGUGGAUCUGGAUGCCCUGAUGGCCGAUCUUUGCUCCAUAGAACAGGAGCUCAGCAGUAUUGGCUCAGGAAAUAGUAAGCAUCAAGUUACAGAACCAAAAGUCACUCAGAAGCUACCUGUUAGCCGGCAGACAUCAAAACAUGGCACCCUAAGAGGAUUAUCAUCUUCCUCUAAUAGAAUAACUAAACCUUCCCCUGCUAACUACUCCCUGGAUGACAUCACUGCACAAUUAGAACAGGCUUCCUUGAGCAUGGAUGAGGCUGCUCAGCAAUCUGUAGUAGAAGAUUCUAAGCCUCUAGUGACGAAUCAGCACAGAAGGACUGCGUCAGCUGGCACUGUGAGUGAUGCUGAAGUUCGCUCUGUUAGUAACUCCUCCCGAUCGAGCAUCGCUUCUGCAGCUUCCAGCAUGGACUCUUUGGAUGUUGACAAAGUGAUGCGCCCUCAAGAACUCGAUUUGACAACACAUCCGGGACAGCCAGUUACUGAGGAAGAACAAGCAGCAAAGCUGAAAGCUGAGAAGAUCAGAGUCGCUCUGGAGAAAAUUAAAGAGGCCCAAGUGAAAAAGCUGGUGAUCAGGGUCCACAUGUCUGAUGACAGUUCUAAAACAAUGAUGGUGGACGAGAGACAGACAGUGAGACAAGUGCUGGAUAACCUGAUGGACAAAUCCCACUGUGGCUACAGUUUAGACUGGUCGCUGGUGGAGACCAUUUCUGAGUUACAAAUGGAGAGAAUCUUUGAAGACCAUGAAAACUUGGUUGAAAAUCUUCUUAAUUGGACAAGAGAUAGUCAAAACAAGCUUAUAUUUAUGGAGCGUAUAGAAAAAUAUGCACUUUUUAAAAACCCACAGAAUUAUCUUCUUGGGAAAAAGGAAACCAUUGAGAUGGCAGACAGAAACAAAGAAGUGCUAUUAGAGGAAUGCUUUUGUGGAAGUUCUGUAACUGUCCCAGAAAUUGAAGGAGUUCUUUGGCUGAAAGACGAUGGCAAGAAGUCCUGGAAAAAGCGUUACUUUCUCUUGCGAGCAUCUGGCAUCUACUAUGUCCCUAAAGGAAAGGCAAAGGUAUCUCGGGACCUGGUGUGCUUUCUCCAGCUGGAUCAUGUAAACGUGUAUUAUGGGCAGGACUAUCGGAGUAAAUACAAAGCACCCACAGACUGUUGUCUGGCAUUAAAGCACCCACAGAUCCAGAAGAAGUCUCAGUAUAUCAAGUAUCUUUGCUGUGAUGAUGUGAGGACACUGCAUCAAUGGGUCAAUGGGAUCCGAAUCGCAAAGUAUGGGAAGCAGCUCUACACAAAUUACCAAGAAGCCUUGAAAAGGACAGAAUCUGCUUAUGAUUGGACUUCUUUAUCCAGCUCCAGCAUUAAGUCCGGAUCCAGUUCUUCUAGCAUCCCAGAGUCUCAGUCAAAUCACUCUAACCAGUCUGACAGUGGAGUGUCUGACACCCUGCCCACAGGACACAUCCGUUCCCAAAGCACUGUGAGCUCCAUCUUCUCAGAAGCCUGGAAGCGAGGCACUCAGUUGGAAGAGUCUAGCAAGGCCAGAAUGGAACCUAUGAAUCGGUCCUACACUUCACUUAUGCCCCCUCUGUCCCCUCAAACUAAGAUCGUCACCCCUUAUACUGCCUCACAACCGUCACCCCCUCUGCCUCCUCCUCCACCGCCACCUCCUCCGCCGCCGCCUCCACCCCCUCCUCCUCCUCCUCCUCCUCUCCCUAGCCAGUCUGCUGCACCUUCCACAGGCUCGUCAGCCACCAUGUUUGUCAAGUACAGUACAAUCACCAGGCUGCAAAAUGCAGCUCAGCACUCAGGACCCCUGUUUAAGUCUCCAUCGACCCCAGGGGUGCAACCUCUGCCUUUGACUUCACAGUCCCUCAAGGCGCAAAUCGUGGUGCCCCCCAAUGGAGUAAUUCCUCCACCCCCUCCUCCACCACCACCCCCAACCCCUGGCUCAGCCAUGGCCCAGUUAAAGCCAGUGCCAUGUGCCCCAUCCCUGCCACUGUUCAGCCCCCAGCCACCUCAACUGAAGAUUCACCAAGUUCAGCAUGUUCCUCAGGUGGCCCCUCUCACACCCCCACCAGCUCCUCCCAUCCCUUCAACUGUCCCUCCUCAAGCACCCCCUAAACCACUGGUGACCAUUCCUCCUUCAGCUAGCACCAAAACCGUGCCACCAAUGGUAACACAAGCUGUACCACCCACCCCUGUACCUCCAGUGCCCCCAGCAAAGAAACAGCCAACCUUUCCCAUUUCUCACAUUCCACCCUCUCCUCCUGUCCAGCCUGCCCCGUGUCCCCCACCGACGCUACCCAAGCAGCAGAGCUUUGGGGUGAAGCCACCCCCCUCUCCUCUGUCCCCUGUGCCCUCAGUUGUGAAGCAGAUAGCUAGUCAGUUCCCACCCCCUCCCACUCCUCCUCCUGUGGACUCACAUCCCCUAAAGCCCCUCCCAGCAAGUAUCACCCCGCAGUCCCCUCCUGCAGUGAAAGCUAAACCCAAAUGGCAGCCCAGCUCAAUCCCGGUCCCUUCCCCGGAUUUCCCUCCUCCCCCUCCAGAAAGCAGCCUGGUGUUUCCUCCUCCACCUCCUCCAGCCCCAGCCCAAGCGCCAACCAUGACUUCACCUAUCCCUGACAAAAGUGGAUCUCCAGGCAAAAAGCCAAGUAAGAUGUCCAGCCCUGGGGGGAAGAAACCCCCCCCAACCCCGCAGCGCAACUCCAGCAUUAAGUCGGGCAGUUGUGCAGAGCACCCUGAGCCCAAGCGACCCUCGGUAGACAGUCUAGUCAGCAAGUUUGCACCACCAGCAGAUUCAGGGUCUCCCAACAAGGAGACCCCACCACCUCCUGCAGCACCCCCCAAACCUGGGAAACUACACCUUUCUGGAGUCAACCUCCCUGGGAUCCACCAGCAAGGGAGUGUGUCGACAAAACCCUCUGUUGUGAGUGGGUGUGGAAAGGACUCCAUAGUAGAAUUUCCAUCUCCUCCAUCCGAUUCUGACUUUCCACCCCCUCCGCCUGAAAUCGAGCUUCCUCCGCCCCCUAUUGAGAUUCCGGCCAUAUUCUCGGGAAACACCUCCCCCAAAGUGGCAGUUGUGAAUCCUCAGCCACAGCUGUGGUCUAAAACAUCAGUGAAGAAGGCCCCUCCUCCUACCCGGCCCAAACGAAACGACAGCACCCGUCUCACUCAGGCUGACAUCUCUGAGCAACCAGCGAUGAGCACAGUUGUGCCACAAGUGCCCACCUCUCCCAAACCCAGCCUUAGUGUCCAGCCUGGAUUCCUAGCUGACCUUAACAGGACACUGCAGCGCAAGUCUAUCACGCGGCAUGGCUCCCUCUCCUCCUCACGAAUGUCCAGAGCAGAACCCACAGCCACCAUGGACGACAUGGCACUACCCCCACCACCACCAGAACUGCUGUCUGACCAGCAGAAGGCUGGCUUUGGAAGUAGUCAUAUUUCAGGCUAUGCAACGUUGAGAAGAGGACCUCCUCCUGCUCCCCCCAAAAGAGACCAGAAUACCAAGCUCUCAAGAGACUGGUAGCCACAGGACUUAUUUCCAUGCUAUCUAUAAUCAGUUCUGCAAUCAGUUCACCUGAUCAUCUGUGAACCCAGGUGGUCAGAGCCUCCUGAUAUGUUAUUCAGGUAGUGUUCAGCUAUGUGUAUGUUUGUGUGUAUAUGUGCUGCGUGUGUACAUGCAUGUACACACAGCUAUACAGAUUGUGUGUAUAUACAUAUGUAUACAUCUGUGAAUGUGUAUAUAUAGAGAACUGAUUCUAUUUAUUCCUUUUUCCUCCUAAUCAGAAAGUAGGGUUUUGUAUAUUUUGAGUGGAAGGAGACAUAGGAGGGGUAUAUGUUAUCACAAUUUAUCGUAUGGGUUGGACCAAAAUCUAGAAGGUAUUUCAUAAGUGUCUGUCCAUAUGCCGCCUAUUUGUGCAUGUGUUAUAGAAGAAAGAAAUAGACGGGCAGUUUCUCAGUUUGAAAUGUAUCAUCAGAAUGUUUUGUGUAUCUGUAGGGCUUUUUUUUGUUUAUUUUUUCCCAGUUGGCUGAAUUUAGAACUGUUGACUAGCACUUAAAUACUACAUAUAAAGGGGCACUUUAAAUCAGGAAAUUCAUUAUACAGAACGGGUAAACAGUGCAGGAAGGGGAACCCUGAGGACACCGUGGUUGUACAUAGGAAAGUUGUGGCUGUUCUAGUUGCCGUAGUCCUGCCAUGACCAUAGCCACAUCUGAGAUGUCUUCACAGGUAAGAUUUUUGCCUACAGCACGAGAAAUACUUAAUGCUAUAGUCCUGGCUACUUUCAGUACUGUCUUGUGAAGCUUCAUCUUGAGACUGUCCAGUGCACACUGUAAUGUACUGCCCCAGUUAUGUUGUUGGGUCUCAGUUACCUUUGCAUAUAGUGUGUACAUUAGUAGACAGUUGAAUCCGUGAAUAUUCCAAAUAUGAAAUAUACUCCCUGUGCCCAAUGCAGUACAUCAUUAAAAACAAAGUCGACUUCUGCGAUGCCUUCUUUACAAGUUGUGCUCUAUGACAGAUAAGGAAGAACAGACAGAACUGGGCCCUGCACAGGUAUCAUUCAUCAGGUUGUGAUGCAAAGAUUCCAUUUGGGAUGGAACUAUCAUGAGCAAAAUGAGUUUUCAUAAUUUCAUCCAUAGCUACUGGAGCUGCUAAGAUCUUUGCUGUUUACAACCUAGUGUAGAGACUUUGAGGUGACCAGGUGUUCUGGUGGAGCAGUGUCAUAGUCCAGUUACGGUGACAUUGGCAUGUGCAUCUACAGUUGGGCAAAACUUGGGAGCACUACUCUGACAGCAGUACUGUGCUUCACACUGUUCUGUCCUUUUGUUAAUUUUUCCUUGGUACAUGAGAAAAAUGUGUGUUUAUCAACUUAUACAGCAACAGGUUGAUGGGGAUAAAAUGCAGUCAGCUAUUUUCAAGUAAGAGAAUAAAAACUGGCAAUCCCACCAAUUACAAAUGAACACAUCUUGUAAAGAGAGUCUGUGCCUAUAGUAAAGAUAACCAGUGCCAAAUGCAGAAAUCUUUUGGUCCUGUCCCUCAAGCAGAAAGUAACUCCAGUGAGUCUAGGUAAAGAAGAUAAACCAUUGGAGAAUGCAGUGAAGCUUCACUACAACACUCUCCAAUAAGGAACUGCACCACUCAUUACAACCAUGCAGUUAGGGGGGAAAGAGUGGGAGUCGUCGUGCUUUUUAAAAACCCAGCUUAAUGAUUUUUUUGCAUAUUUCAAAUUGCUCAACAAGUAUUUCUGUGCUUACUAUUCUUUUAAUUAUGAAACUAAUACCUGCAUUGUUAGUUUCAACAUGCACAACAAAUGUAGCCAAGCCACACAGAAGUACUUCCUUAUGGUCUACAUGCAAACUACAGACAGACCAGAGUGUGGAUCCAGUUAUCCCUGGUGUGCAUCUAGGAUAUGUACUCCAGUCCAGAUUGAGCCCUAAGUCAACCACCUUCAUUUUUCCACUGUAGACUUCAUGGGGAUUCUUAAGUCCAUCCCGAGCCACUGCUUCUAGUUUUUUUCCUUGGGGAAAAUGAGGGGGCAGUAAACUGUCAAUUUCUAACUCAUCAUGUGACAGCUAUUUCUCCAAAGACAGAAAUAGCUAUUUUAAAAAAAGGUGACACAUUCCAGGUUUUUUUCUUCACUGCCUAGUGUGUGUGAAGGUUUUUCUGAGAUGCAGUUUAAUUUUUCUUUCCUCUGGUGUGUUCAUGACAAGACCUACUGCCAGCCAAUGCUAGUUCUGUGCCUUCUUCCGCUGCCCUCAGCUCAGCAGCUCCAGCCUACAUGGCCUUUUCAGGCCAGUGGAAGUCAUCUGGAGGCUGCCUGGACACUAACUAGUGAACAGGGUGAAGGGCCUUCUGCUCCCGAGAGCAGGACAGAUGGGUGCUUUCAGAAUCAUGACACCCUUAAUUUUUACUGUGGAGGUAAUUUCAAGUCCCUUAGUGCUAACUCUGAAGCAGUGAAACUGCUGUCAAUCAAACAGCUAACUGCAGUUCACAGGUAUUGGCAUGAACAGUGUUCUGUACUAAGUUUCCUCAUCUUGGUUUUUACUCCAGAUGCUUAAAUAUGCUUUCUCUUUAGUUGCUAUAAUUCUCAGAGGAGGAAAACUCUUUCCCAGAAAUCCACUUAACUAUAUAACCAUUUUUUCCCAAAACUCUAUACUGAGAAAGAUGACUGGAUCUUAAAGAUGACCAAAAAGACCUAUUUUUAUUAGACAAUUUAAAGUAAAAUAAUAAUGGUUUUUUUGUUGUUGUUUUUUCAAGUCCCCCAAAAUCAAGGUGCUCCUACCCACUGAUGGCAUAUCUUGAAAGGGCUGAGAACUGUUUUGGGGUUCCUCUCUGUAUUGCACUUUGAUGUUACAAGUAAUGUGUAUUAGUUUUGUCUACAACGUUAAAAUUGAGAGGUCAUAGUAAUUCUAACAGGAUAACAACUCUAAGGUCAGGAUCAACAGAAACCCAGAUUUCAGAAGUGGAGCAGUAGUGUCAAUCAGUUCAUGGGACUUCCAACAGAGCACGUUGCUACUCAAACAAAACAGGGUUAUGUCACAAACACAAGGCAGUAUGUAAGCAAGUUAAAAACCCACUCCAAGCAUUUCCAUGUAUUGUCAGAACUAGCCUUAUAGCUGAUGUAAUCACAGAUUUUACUCCAGUUUAGCACAAUUAAAACAAUGCCCUGUAUGGUUGUGAUGGCUUUCAAUGAAACAGGUAUAAUUAUUUUUGUUUACACAGGAAGAUGGCCUCUUUAAGAAAAAAAAACUUUCAAAUAUGUGACCUCUCUCAAAGGUGACCCAAAGUGAAAUGGAAGAGAAAUAAAAAAAUGGAAAUCCCAUCAUCUUUUAAGAUGACCCUUUUAAAAUUCAGUGAAAAUAUGUCACAACUUUAUCAUUCUAGCCAUCAAAAUUACAAAUGUUCAGUGCCCUUAGGGGUCUAUAUGUAAAAGAAACCGAAAAUUUAAGUGAAGAACUGCUCAAUGAAACAACAUACUUCAUACAUAAACAUGUGUUGGAGGGCAGAGGGCUCUGGUUUACUGUGAAGUAAACCAUUUUAGAAAGCUAUCUGCUAUAAUUCCCAGUGCCUUGAACUCUUUAGAGGAAUAGCAUUUAAAAACAACAAAAAACACCAAGUGAACUUUGAGGUGCUAAUGAAAUAAAAAACAGGUAAGUAUUUUUGAAGUUUGGGCAGAAAUGGAGCUGGGGGUGGGGUAGGGAAUGACUGCCUUGUAUUACAAGAGUUCUCAUCAACCUAAGUGGAAUCUGGGUGUUUUCUACCAAAGAUGUUGAGAGAAGUGGCUCAAGUCAACACAGGCCUACUUAAGAGCCGGCCAAAUCUGGGAACAUGCUGUUCAUGUGCUAUGAAUUUCAAGCUAUGGUUGAUUGGCAAAGCAUCAACUUCUUAGGAAGACGUGGCUGCAGCACUUAAGGGAUACAGGGGAUAGAUACAUUUUUAGAAACUAUCCAUUCGUUAAAUGUGUCACAACCUAAUACCAAAAACUUGCCGUUUUUCAUAAUUUUAUCUACUUUUCCCUGUGUUUGUAAAUAGUCUCUCCUAGAAAAUAAGUGUUAACUGGAAUGUUUGAAAUGACUUUGCUUAGUUUUAAUAUCAGCCACUAGUGAACUCUUCUUCCAGAGAUGCAUAAGGUAAAAUAUGAUUAGCUUGUGCUAAGUGUUGUAAAAAUGCUGUUUACUCUUUUCAGAGAAUUGCACAUUAUCUUUAACUGGGGUUGUCCUCUCCUUUCCUUCUUUAAAAAAGAAAUGGAGUCAAGGCUCACUGACUUGUAGCUGUGGGAAGUUUGUCAUAAAUAGAUAUAAUGUAGAAGAUACUUUUGUAAAGCAUGAAGAUAACAGAUGCACCACAAAGAGGACAUUAUUCGGAGGAUUAUGCACAGCUUGGUAAAGAUGAAGUUGUGGUUUUCUUCCAGCCUUUAUUAUUUUCUUCUGCAUAAAUGUACACUCAUUUCAUUAUGUGCCUUGCUCCCUGAUUGUGCAAAGCUAUAUAUACACACAAAUAUAUAUAUGAGAAAGAGAUAUAUUCAUUCAGUACUACUGACUAUGUUUUUGUUCUACUGCUGGAUUAAGUUAAUUUCCCAGUUAUACUUGCCAUAAACCAUUGUAAUGGCCUAGGACAGUGGUCAGAUAGAGUAAAUGUUUUUCUAGUUACAUAUUUUAUGUCACGUAGCCCAAUCCUUAAUUUUAAAAAAUUAAAUAGAUUUCCAUUUAAA